AUGGUAUGCACAAAGUCAAGAGCUACCUCAAACGAUUUGGCAUUGAUGUCACGAAAAUUUUUGACAGCAGACUUGCCGCAAGCUGUGAAGUUUCAUAAAGUUUACAUGGAAAUGCUAGAGGUCGAGAAGCAAGCCAACGAGAGGCAGAAGAGGAGGAACAGUGUAAAGAAGGCUCGACAGCCGAAAGUACCCUCACCGAAGCCAUCGAACCCAGCCGAGCGUCUGGCUUCCCGCAGCUCGUCAAGGCCUGGCUCCAAACCGCGCCCGCCGCAGCUCCCAAGACUACCUAACGACGACUACAAGAUCGUCAUUCGUUCACGUGGUGUCCUCAACCUAAGCUCCAUGAGCACAGGCAAGCUGCAAGACCUUAUCUUCAACGCUGCCCAGACCAACUACGACGCCGCAUGCGCCGACCAAAUCCGAAUCAACGCUACUCAAAACUCUAUACUAAUCAGCACUCCCUCCGUAGAGCGGGCGCGCACGUACUUCAACCUUCACACCUUAUGCAUCGGGGAGGAGAACUAUCCCCUGGCCACAUACGUGGCAGAUCCUGCCAACACCUCACGCGGAAUCAUCUUUGAUGUUCCAGAAUACGAUACACCGGACAACAUCAGCCGAUACCUAAUCGACUACAAUCACGACCUGGCUAUUCUCCUUGCCCGCCGGAUGGGAAAAACUAACUCCGUGCUAAUAGUCUUCGACAGCCCGGAGGUGCCCCACUGGGUCAGCUACCACGGGGCCCCCUACCUCUGCGUACUCUUCAAACACAAGACUGAGGCCUGCAAUAUCUGCUGGAAGAUCGGGCAUAGGGCAGAUGUGUGCCCCUCACCGAGAGCCAAUAAGUGCCCACGCUGCGGAAUCGACAAUCCGCCCACUGACCACGACUGUGAGGUGAAAUGCGCCGUAUGCCGAGGAUCCCACCCCACGGGUUUCCCGAGGUGCAAGAAACGCUUUCAAGAACACCCUGCCAUUCGCCGCCGUCAGGCACAACGCCCGGUGGGCGAUUUCAGCAAAAGUUCAACCCCACCGCCCCCUCGUGGCAGGUCCAGGGAACGCAAAUCAGUACCCUCCGAGCCCGGAUUCAGAUCCCGGUCCCGUACUCGCUCCAGACCCCGACCACGAUCCAGAUCCAGGUCCAAACCGCGCCAGGUCCCGCACGACGAGCCGCCCCGACAACCAGCGGCCCCCAAACAGGAAGAAGACCGUCAGCUUGAACAGCGCAUCAUCUAUUCGCGGACUAUGCUUGAGCAUGCGCAUGCACAAUCGUUGAUUGAAUCGGGUCUCGAAAAAAAAGAAAAAAAGAUAGAGUGGAUUGAGUCUGGACAAGUGCUGUAGCGGAGGCUAACGCCCAAUAGACGAAGUCCCAAUAGAUUUAUAUGAACAAGGACAAUUAUUAUCUUACUCUAGUCACCAAAAUAAAAAAAAUUUUUGUACAUGCAUUUUUAUUUUUAGUACACCUUACUAAUCGGUGUUGAGCAAUAAAAGCUAUUUGUACCUGUUUAUAUUCUGUCCUCUUUCCAAGUCGGAUUAUCACGUAUCACACUGUCGUGUGCAGUUUUGCUUCAUGUUUUGCGCAUUUUUGCACAUAAUUUUGUGAAAAAUAUUUUCACCUAAAAGUUUAUUAAA